GAGAGCAACACAGAGAGAUAUGGACAAGGUACUGUACACUAGUCUAAACUACACUAGGAGAGAGCAACACAGAGAGAUGUGGACAAGGUACUGUAGACUAAACUACACUAGGAGAGAGCAACACAGAGAGAUGUGGACAAGGUACUGUAGACUAAACUACACUAGGAGAGAGCAACACAGAGAGAUAUGGACAAGGUACUGUACACUAGUCUAAACUACACUAGGAGAGAGCAACACAGAGAGAUAUGGACAAGGUACUGUACACUAGACUAAACUACACUAGGAGAGAGCAACACAGAGAGAUGUGGACAAGGUACUGUACACUAGACUAAACUACACUAGGAGAGAGCAACACAGAGAGAUGUGGACAAGGUACUGUACACUAGACUAAACUACACUAGGAGAGAGCAACACAGAGAGAUGUGGACAAGGUACUUACUGUACACUAGACUAAACUACACUAGGAGAGAGCAACACAGAGAGAUGUGGACAAGGUACUGUACACUAGACUAAACUACACUAGGAGAGAGCAACACAGAGAGAUGUGGACAAGGUACUGUACACUAGACUAAACUACACUAGGAGAGAGCAACACAGAGAGAUGUGGACAAGGUACUUACUGUACACUAGACUAAACUACACUAGGAGAGAGCAACACAGAGAGAUGUGGACAAGGUACUGUACACUAGACUAAACUACACUAGGAGAGAGCAACACAGAGAGAUAUGGACAAGGUACUGUACACUAGACUAAACUACACUAGGAGUGAGCAACACCGAGAGAUGUGGACAAGGUACUGUAGACUAAACUACACUAGGAGAGAGCAACACAGAGAGAUGUGGACAAGGUACUUACUGUACACUAGACUAAACUACACUAGGAGUGAGCAACACAGAGAGAUGUGGACAAGGCUGGAGUGAAGGCCAAGAAAGCCACGGAAACCUACAAGGGCUUUGUGGAAAAAUACGCCACAGCCAAGUCCGACUUUGAACAGAAGAUGGCUGAAACUGCACAGAAGUUUCAGGACAUCGAGGAGAGCCACAUCAUCCACAUGAAGGAUAUCAUUCAGUCAUACACACAGUCUGUUGACGAGACGCACGUUCAGAUCGGAGAGGUCCGUAUAGAGUUUGAGAGGAACAUGGAGAACACCUCUGUGGAGGGCUUGAUACAGAAACUGGCUGACAGUAAAGGGACGGGCAAAGAGAGACCAGAUCCUAUUGACUUUGAAGAAUGCAACACUGCCAUCGCCACUGAAGGAGCCAAACCCAGAAAGAGGAAAACAUUUGCGAUCCCAGGCCGCCGGAAAGACAAGGACACAGACUCGACGGAGUCGACAGAAGUUGAACCUGCUAACAAUACCAAUGGAGUUCCUCCUGGAUACUAUGGCACCAUAGACUUCCAAAACGCUAAUGUCCCCACGGUUGAUGAAGAUGGCUUCUGCAUCAGACCAGAAGACCGCAACCAAAAUGAUGCCAAAGAGAACUCGUUCUAUUCGUCGAGUGACUCGGAGGAUGAGGAUGAACCCAGGAAGUUCCGCGUGGAAAUCAAGCCGGUGGCGCCCAACAACAGGACACAACAAAGCCGAGCCACCAUCGACCAACUCAAGGCCUCCAUUGGAAACAUCAGCCUAUCGCCACCAACCUCGGGUCAGAUGCGAAGGAACCAAUCCAGGCUGUCAGGAAUGCAUCCCCACUCAGCGAUAGGCUCUCAGGUGCUAGGUGAUGAGUUGGGAAAGGCCAGGAUGUCAACAUAUUUCAAUGACAGUAGACCUGCUCUCAAUAAUGACCUUCUCUCACUGGAUCCGUUCGGCCCCGCCCCCACCCUAAGAGGCUCCUCCUCCUCAGUGUCCUCAUCAACAGGUUCAUCACUCUGCCCUGCCCUGGACUGUUAUGUGCCAUCUACAGAUGAGGGGGUGUUACAGCAGGAGCUAUCCUCUCCCCCACUGGCAGACGGCCUGCAGCAGGCCAAAGGAGAGGUCACCCCUCUACCUUCCUCCACCACCACUACCACCACCACCUUCUCUCCAUGGAACUCACCAGCUGUCCCCUUUCUGGCCCUGAAGCCCAUCCCAGCCCGGGCCCAGAGCGCCCCCAUCACCCGGCAGGAUGAGCCCAUAGAACCCCAGGAUCCAACCCCAGCCCCCGCAGGCCCAGACCCAACCAGCGUGCCUCAGGGAGAGAACCAGUCUGCCUUUACCUGGUCCCAGAGCCAGUGGAUUGACGUCAAUGACGACUUUGUGCCAGUCCGACGCCAGCAGAGCUGCGGUCCGGGUACAGGUCUGGUCAACGCCGACCGGACCCAGUCUAACCCUCCUACCAGCAGGCCUCAGUCUUGCCGGUCCUUCUGUUUCUUCUCUGAUGACUCCGCUGAUCCCUAUUAUAAGAUGGCGCUGAGCAGUGGGGUUGUGGAGGUUAGCACCUCCUCUGUCUCUGAGGUCUUUUCAGCUCUGACAGAGGGGAUGGUGGCAGCAGCAGCAGCAGCUAGCCAAGCACACAACGUGCCUGCCCUGGCCAGACCCACUACCCCUCAAACUGGGGCCAUGGUGGCUCCUCCACGACCCUCUUCCAGACCCAAACUACCCACAGGAAAACUCACAGGAAUAAAUGAAAUUGUGCGGCCAUUCAGCCCGACCAAGACAUUGUCCAAUGCCAGUCCUCCUCCGGCUGCUCCCCUGGCCCGGGCAGAGAGCUCCUCCUCCCUGUCCUCCACCGCCUCUCUCAGUGCCUCCAACACACCCACAGUGGGGCCUGAGCGUAUCUUCCGUCCCUCCCUUUCCUCACCGGAACCAGAGUUCCUCCUUUCUCCCUGUCCUCUGUUUCUCCUCAACCAAAGGACGUCUCGCGGUCCCAGCCCAGUGACCCUGGCGUCCCAGGAUGCCUUGCCCAUUGCUGUGGCCUUCACAGAGUCUGUUAAUGCCUACUUCAAAGGAGCUGAUCCCGCUAAGUGCAUAGUGAAGAUCACAGGUGACAUGACCCUGUCCUUCCCCAUGGGUAUCAUCAAGGUGUUCACCAGUAACCCCCACCCUGCUAUGCUCACCUUCAAACUGAAGAACACCUCCAAGCUGGAGCAGAUCCUCCCCAACCAGACACUACUGUUCAGUGAUCCCUCGCAAAGUGAUGCUCAUACCAAGGACUUUUGGUUCAACAUGCAAGCUCUCACAUCGUACCUCAGGAAAGCCUCAGAGCAGAACCCUGCUGCAUCCUACUACAACGUUGACAUCCUCAAAUACCAGGUGUCUUCUAAAGGAAUCGCAUCGACCCCUCUGAACCUGGCAGUGUACUGGAAGUGUGACCCCGCCACCACUGACCUGAGGCUGGACUACCACUACAACCCAGAGUCCAUGCUCUGUCCCGGCCCUCUCUCCAAUGUACAGGUCCUAGUGCCUGUAGAUGGAGGGGUCACCAACAUGCAGUCCCUGCCUAAUGCUAUCUGGAACUCAGAGCUGAAUAAGUCUCUCUGGAAGCUGAACGAUAUCUCUGAGAAGUCUGAAAAUGAAGGCUCGGGGUCUCUGAGGGCUAAGUUUGACCUCUCCGACGGCCCGUCCACCCCAACCACCCUGGCUGUGCAGUUUAUGAGUGAGGGGAGCACGCUGUCUGGGGUGGACAUAGAGCUGUUGGGAACCGGGUACAGACUGUCCCUCAACAAGAAGAGGUUUGCCACAGGUCGUUACAUGGCAGACUGUUGAGUAUGCACACCGUCCUGGACCCCCAAGCACAACCACUUUAUUGAACAUUUAUUUUCAAUAUUUUAGUCCAUUUUGUCCUAUUUAUUAAAGGGGCGGGGGAGAAGGGAGAGGUGCAGCAAAUACAACAGUUUUUUUGUGACGCAUCCAAACACUUUGCAUUAUGUCCCAAUGUACCUUGUCUGUCUCGAGCAGAGAGCUUCUCAGUACAGUAAAGCAGCGCUGAGUAUUGAACACUGUUUAAAAAAAGAAUAAUAAAUUAAAUAAAAAAUUAAGUUGGGCUGUCAGGAAAUGGAAAUGUAUAAUUGUUGAGAAGUGUAAUGCUUUCUGAUCAAUUCAGACUUUUAUAAAGUCAGAACCGUAAUGUUUCGUUAUGUAACAAUGUAUGGAUUAUAUAUAAAUACAUAUUAUAUACAAAAAAAAUGUAAAAAUGAAAACAAUCUGCACUAACAAUCUAAAAAUAUAUUUGUUCUCUCCUUUGUAAAUUGUGUAUGUAUUCCACUGAAGCUCUUGUAGUAACAAAGAUUCUGGGUAAAACAGUGAGAAAGAGAAGAAAGAGGAGAGGAAAUGCCACACUAUCCUCCCUCAUCCCCCUCUCCUUCUCUUCUCCAUUGCAAGGAAGAUCACUGAGUAUUUUACUUUGUGAGGCUCAAGUCAUGGUUUUUGCUGAUUUACCUUUAUUUCCUGGUUCUUUUUAUUCUGAUCAUGUGCAAUGAAGAAAUUAAGGAAUAAGCUGUAUUUUUUAAACUAAACAGAUUCUCUCAAAUGUUAUUAUGGCACAACAUUAAUCGGUUGUCCUGUCGCUCUGACAACUGGUAAUAACACAAGGUCAGCUCUCUUUCAAAAGCAAAAAACUCAACUAAACUGACCUCAGUGCCUCUUUCUGUGGAUAAAUUCAUUGAAAAACGUAGCUAUCUUUUCUCUAUGCCCUUUUGUAUGUUAAAAAAGCACCGCUAACAAAAAGAAAAAGCACCGCUAACAAAAAGAAAAAGCACCGCUAACAAAAAGAAAAAGCACCGCUAACAAAAAGAAAAAGCACCGCUAACAAAAAGAAAAAGCACCGCUAACAAAAAGAAAAAGCACCGCUAACAAAAAGAAAAAGCACCGCUAACAAAAAGAAAAAGCACCAACCUUGUGCAAGUUGUUGUUUUAUAAAAUUGUUUUUGGAUGUUGAAGGGAAAAUGCUUCCAGUUUUCGCACCAGUCAAUCCAAAAGGCAUCUGUCUUCCAGAAACUGCUGAUCCAGUGGACUCACUGUCUCAGUUCUGUGUCUUUGCUGUGAUGUUGUCUUUUCUACUGGGGUAUUUUUUUCUAUAUUUGAUCCGAUAGAGAUCUUUGUUCCCAAACCGCCUUCGGUCUAUUUGAGAGCACUGGACAGCCUGCUAGCCGAGCAUCUUUAUCACAAUCUAGCCAAAUCAAUUCUAGAAAUGCCUUAAGAAAAUAUACCUUGUCGUCUUUUGAUAAUGGUAAUAAGAUGCUAUCCAGUUGUGAUAGGCCACAUUUCUGCCGUGUUUGCCUGUGAGGAGAGAGAUGGAUGACAGUUCUUGGUGCUGACUCGAUAUCAUACUGAGUGGUUCAUUCUUGCCUUAUAUACCAAUGGAGGACCAGUAUCUAGAAGGGCUACAUCUCCUAGAUGGAGAGAUGCAUACACCUUAUGUAGCAGUUCUAUCAAUAUCACUAAUGUGUGUUUUGACAACCUUUUCCAAUGCCUUCUUCACAAAACCACAGUUUUGACAGUAUAGAUAAUGAUCAGAGUACUGUAUUUUCAUUACAAACAUUGAUAUGGGCACACCAGUAACACUGUGAUUGUGGACUGUUAGUGUUCCAUCAUGAAUGUGGCCAUCUGAACACUGUAUGCUUGUAAACUCCUGGCCCAUAUCCACAAAGCGUCUCUGAGUAAUAGUGCUGAUCUAGGUUCUGGCCAUAUAAUAUGAUCAAUUAUGAACUAAAAGACAACUGAUCCUAUAUCGGCACUCUUACACUGAGACGUUUUGUGGAUAACGAACCCUGGUAUUUGGUACAGUUGAUACUGUUAACGUUCUCGCUGCUUCUGAAAUGGCACCCUAUGUCCUACAAUAUAUAGUGCAAUAGUUUUGAUCAGUAGUAGUGCACUAUGGAAUAGGGUGCCUUUUCAGAGGCGCUAUGUGUAGAUAUGGUUAAUUGCAUCGCUUACUAGUAAACGUGAUCUGACCAAACCUCAAGAUAUGACUUUUCAGCACAACAAAAGACCUAGUCCAUGUGGCCAGUCUUCUAGAACUAUGAGAACACCUAGUCCAUGUGGCCAGUCUUCUAGAACUAUGAGAACACCUAGUCCAUGUGGCCAGUCUUCUAGAACUAUGAGAAAUGUGAUUAUUGUUUAACAAUGUUGAUUGAGAUGCAUUUGUGAAGUCAAUGUCUAAAAUAGGAUUUGUUUUGCAUACAGUACAAUAAGUCACAAUUAUGUUUUGUAAGGCAUGGAUUCAUCAUCACGGUUUGAAUUAUUGGUCAUGUUUUAUUUGUAUGUAAAAGGUUUUUAAGGAUGAUAUUUGUUUAAGAUACAGUUUAAGACUCCACCUUCAGUAGAAUUGUAGAGGCAGAUACUAACUUUAUUUGAAUGAGGGGUAAAAUUAUACACAAAUAAUAUUUUCCAGAACACUAUAUAUGGCCCAACCAAAUAAUGUGACUAUCCGAAUGGAGUUAACGCUUAGGUUUAGUAAACUCUAUCAUGGAAAACAAACGUAGCAUGUAAGGAACGUUUAAAGAGGGGAACAGCGUAUCAAAAUCAGACGUUUUUCUUUAUGGAGUUCUCCUUAAAUUAUAUCAACAGCACCGGCUACUCUCGAGUCACCCGCUAAGAUCAGAGAAAACCACACACAGAAACUGAAUAUAUAUGCAAAGUAUAUUUAGCGAGCUGGUUCUUGCUGUCUCUACAUAGCAUCCAGUGAGUUUUUUUUUCUUGGAGCUUGUCAUUAUGAUUUUUGUUUGUAUGUCUAUGUCAAAAGCAGAGUUUAGUUUGAUUUCUCAUAAAAUGUAAAUUUUUUCAAAUAUCUCUGCCACUUUUUUUCCCUGUUCACUUUAUGAUCGAUCUCAAUGUGCCUGUAUUAAAUGUAUAAUAUAUGAUUAUAUACCUAUAUAUAAAAAUGACUACUUAAAA